AUGUCUCUAGGCGUCGUCGACGGUCUCAGCUCCAGUUCAAUGGCGGAUCCGGACAUGAAGUUCGAGGGGCUCAACCCCCUCCCAACCGGUAGCGGAGACCUUGCGCCCUCCACAGUUACAGUCACAGACGCAGCUGGUGACAAGAAGAAGAAGGUCUUCCGAUGCACGUUCCCGGGCUGCGGGCGCGAGUUCCAGCUCAAGGGCAACCUCAAGCGCCACGUCAACAUCCACAACGGCGACAAGAAGUUCGCGUGUAAGUUCUGCGGCAAGCGCUUCCUGCGCAAGGCCGACAUGGAGGUGCACUACCGCGUGCACACGGGCGAGAAGCCCUACCGCUGCAAGUACCAGGACUGCGGCAAGUGCUUCGCGCGCCGCUCCGACCUCCUCAGUCACGAGCGGACGCACACUGGCCGGAAGCCCUUCUCGUGCGCGCUCCCCGGCUGCGACCGCAGCUUCGCGCGCAAGUUCGACCUGCACAAGCACCAGCGUCUGCACGAGGACCAGGCGGACGCCUCUGGGAGGGGCAAGACCAAGAAGCGCAGGCUCUCGCCGAAGCCCAAGCGAUCCGACUCUGGCGAUGAGAGCUGCGACAGCCCCAGCGACGUCGCAGCGCCGUUUAGCAGUGGAGCUGCUGCUGCGGUGAGUGCGGACGUGCUGCUGCCGGCCUCCGUGCCGAUCAAGAUCCCUGCGCCGAUCACCAGCACGUGCACAUCAACUCGACGCAAGGUUCCAGUGACUGCCGCCUGCGUGGACACCCCGACGAGACCCAUGCGCUACGAGCUCAAGUGCGCCGAGAACCACAUCCACUCGCCGCCCGCGUGCUUCGCUGCGCUCUCCUCGCUGGACGCGUUCCUGCUCUCGCAGGAGACGUUGGAUCUGUCUCGCCCGCUGACGCUGGACGCGUUCCCGCCGCACUGUCCGUCGACGUCCAUCGGAUCAAGCUGCUGCCCGGCCCACCUCGAGCUGAGACCUCCUCCGCCUGAAAACUCAGCUGGCUCCACCGUAGCGAAGGCCUCGAAUGGACCCGACAUGCUGGAUCAGCUCUUGUCCACCUUCCCAACCACGGCUUCUACUAACAGCGGUGCAGCCUCAGCCUCCAACUCCGGUAUGACAGGUGCGCUGAUGAACAACAAUGAACUUCAGACGCCUCAAAUGAACUCGUCGCUGCCAGGAACGGUUGCCAGCGCUGGUUCAGUGAGCCAAACACUGCUGGAGCCCAGCCUGGCUUUCAUUUCUCCAGUCGAGAACGGAUCAACGCUUGCUCAAGGCAGUCUGCUAUCCGGGUCGACUGCUGCGAUGGGCUUGGGUGUUCCCAACUCCUCAGUUCAGAAUGGUCAAGGAGCUCAGCCUGCCCCUGCGUCUGCUGGUCAAGCUAAGACUGCAGCGGAGAAGGCCUGCCUGUCCACUCUGGCGUCGUCUCUGCUCGACUACUCGAGACACAACCGCUCCUGCGGCCACUUGUCCAUCCAGCACGGGAACCACCGCGACUACGUGGUGCAGAAUCACCUCGUUUGCCAAGACAGCGUCACGAGCCUGGGAGAGCUGCAGCGUGCCUCUGCGAGUAGAAAAGUGCAAGCGAAGAGCACAAGCGGACAGCCAGUCAAGUGCACCUCGCCCAAGGAUACCCACCGCCCAGGCUGCGGACACCUGCCCGUGCGUCACAAAGACCACAUCGACUACGUCGUGGAGGACAACUUGAUCUGCCAGCAGGCGAGCUGGCUCGAGGACGACAACUUGGAGCUACUGGGCGACGACUUCUGGGACUUCUACGGCGCCAUCGACGCCUUCCCCACCAAUUAG